AUGUCGACAGCGGCAGAGGCGGCCGACCCGGAAACCGGCGCGCCUCCGGUGGCCGACCAUGACGCCCCCUCCGACACCAGCGAGAAGCAGCAGCAGGACCCGGCCCUGUCCUUGCUAGACUGGGACCGAGACGCGCAGAACCCAAUGAACUGGCCCGGCUGGAAAAAGGCGCAUCUCAUGGUCAUGCUGUCCUCUUUUGGCUUUGUCUCAUCUGCCGGAACAUCCAUCAUCAGCCCCGCGACGCAGGCCAUUGCCGACGAGUUCCGCGUCACGCGCGUCGUCGCGCUGCUCCCGCUCUCGCUGUACUGCUUCGCGCUCGGCUUCGGGCCUGUCCUCGGAGGCCCGCUGUCCGAGACCAUGGGCCGGCGGCCCGUCUACAUCGGCACCAGCGUGCUCGGCGCCCUCUUCACGCUCGCCGCCGGCCUGACGCACAGCUUCGGCGCCCUGUGCUUCUUCCGCUUCGCGGCCGGCUUUUGCUGGGCGCCCGCGCUGGCGACCGGCUCCGGGUCCAUUGUCGAGACGUUUGCGCCAAAGAGCCGCGGGCCGAUGAUUGCGGUCUAUGUGCUCAUGCCGUUUCUCGGUCCGGGUUUUGCUCCCAUUCUUGGAUCGUUUGCCGUCAGUCGCCAGAAUUGGCGCUGGACGCAGUGGAUUCUGCUCUUCUUUGCCGCCUUUACCCUGCUCUUCACGCUCACGACGUGGGAGACGUUUCCCGCCCUGCUGAAGCGCCGAAUCGCGAAGCAACGGGGCCAUGCGGUGCCGCCGCGGCCCCCCGUUCGGCAGCGCAUCACGGCGUUCCUCCAGACCGGGCUGAUACGGCCCGUGCACAUGCUCUUCACCGAGCCCAUCACCGGGUUCCUCUGCCUGUACGUGGCGGUCAACUUUGGCAUCCUCUUCAGCUUCUUCGCCGGGCUGUCGUACACGUUUGGCCGCGUGUACCACUUCAGCACGGAGCAGUCGGGCCUCGUGUUCCUGUCCGUCGCCGUCGGCUGCCUGCUCGGGCUGGCCACGAUCCUGCUCUGCGACGCGACCCUGUACCGCGCGCAGGCGCGCCGCUUCCCGCCCGGCAGGGUCCCGCCGGAGCACCGCCUCUACCCCGCCAUGGUGGGCAGCCUCGGCCUCCCCGUCGGCCUGUUCUGGUACGCCUGGACGGCGACGAGCGCCGUCUCGUGGGCGAGCCCGGCCGUCGCCAUCCUGCCGUUUGCCUGGGGUAACCUCUGCAUCUUCGUUGCUGCGAUGCAGUACGGCGCCGACACAUACCACGGCAGCGUGGUGGCCAGUCAGGCCAGCGCCAACAGUCUGGCGCGGUAUGCGUUUGCGGGCGCCUUUCCGCUCUUCAUCGUGCAAAUGUACGACAAGCUCGGCGUGAACUGGGCUGUCAGUCUCUUUGCGUUUGUGACGGUUGCGCUUCUUCCCAUUCCUUGGGUUCUGUUCAAGUAUGGUCCCCGCAUUCGCGCCCUGAGCAAAUACCAAACGGUCCAGUACGAGAAUCUGUAG